UAUUGGUGUCGCCGGUGAGCGACUAUAAAAGCUGAUCUCGCUACCGCAUGAGCGCAAUAGUCAACCGCCAUUAAACGCGAAGUGAAGUGCCAAGUGCAAAAGAUCCCAAAUUUCAAUCUAGUUCCAUCUCAAAGAUGUCUGUCGUGCCAAUGCUGUUCCGUGACUGGUGGGAGGAUUUCGAUACUCCGCUGCGUUCGUCGCGCCUGCUGGAUCAACACUUCGGUACCGGAUUACGUGCCGACGAUCUGUUCUCGUCCUUCUCGACGUCAUUCCCAUCGCGCACCGUAGCUCCGAUUGCACCCUCGGUACUGCGCGGUGGCUACUACCGACCGUGGCGUAAUACGGCCCUCGCACGCCAGGAUUCCGGCUCGACGCUCAACCUCGACAAGGACCGCUUCCAGAUCAUACUGGACGUGCAGCAGUUCACACCGGAAGAGAUCACGGUCAAGACGCUGGAUCGGUGCAUUGUGGUCGAAGGAAAGCACGAGGAGAAGCAGGACGAGCAUGGUUUCGUUUCGCGUCACUUCACACGCCGCUACAUGCUACCCGGUGACCAUGAUCCGAACGAUGUCGUCUCGACCCUCUCGUCCGAUGGUGUGCUAACGGUGACCGCACCGAAGAAGGCACUGCCCGCACCAAACCCGGAACGUAGUGUACCGAUCAAGCAGACCGGCGUACCGGCCAAGGAGAAACCCGACCAGCAGCUACAGCAGCCACAGCAGUCGCAGGCCCAAAAUGUGCCCGUUGAGCAGACGAAAUGAGGUUCGACUGAGGUGGUGGUCGUGAUGCUGGAGGAUUCAAAUAGGAUCCUAAUCCAGGAGUAUUAGCGGCCCGACCCCUGAUCCGGGCCGAAGAUGAACUGAUUGUCGUACAAUAAAGCAUAAAUCUAUUUUUUUCUAUCUUUCUCUCGUA